AUGGAGCCCGAGGAGCUCCAGGCGGAACCUCGCUGGUCGAGCAUCCGUUACCCGCCUCACCCUCUUCCUGCACAGUGGAAACCUGCGACAGACGAGCAGCUGAUGCAGUUGGUGACGCAGUCGACGGCCAGUGGCGAGCGGUUUCCGGUUGGCGUCAAUUGGCUCGAGGUCUCUCGCGUCGUGCGACGCUCUCCCGUGGACUGUGUGAAGCGCUAUGCGAGUUUGCAUGAGGCGCGAGAGCGGUAUGAAGCACUGGGAGGGAAGGAACAAGAUCUGGAAGUCAAAUUGGAAGCAAAAGGAGAUGAUUUAUUCGCUGAGAAAGAGGUGGGAGGAGGUUUGUCCGACAGUGGGGACGAGUUUUUCGAGGAACAGUCGCUCAGCGACUUUGCGACGCCUGUGGCCUCACCUAAAUUGGAAUCGCUGGAUUUAUCGGAGGAUUUUACGCCGAGUAGACCCACGUCUCCUGAGUCCUCGCCACCGUUUGCAGUUACUCGACUCAAUAGUGGCAGACAAGCAGAAACUGCUGUUCCGGGAAGAAGCCCCUUUCGAUGGGAAAGUCUGGUAGAUGACCCGAACUACAACACACCCAUGCUAAAUUCGCCACCGAGCUUGCGUCAUAAAGAAAGGCUACAAAGCCGCUUUGGAUCUGAGGAUGAGGAAGGGAGAGACUUGUCGUUGGCAUUAUCGCCAAGAUUGUCGUCACGAGGGCUUAAGUCGCCUCCCCGAACGCAGAGCCACGUCAGCGAAAUGAGAGCUAAUCCGAACUACCCAGCUUCUGUUCUCACACAUGCGUUCAAGGGGCUUAUCAUGAGCGCACUGCCUGUAUGUGCACCUCAUACCGGGUCUCCUCGAGUAAGGAAUAAGAGCUCCAAUUCAGAAUAUCCGUUUUUGAAAGAUGACGAAGAGGAUGCCCCUGCCCGCCAGUCUGCGGUGAGCAGUAUGAGUUGCUCUGGGAGAGAUGCGAGCGGCGCUGCAGCAUCAUUGUCAAGUUGCGCAUACGGGGUAGGUAUUGUCAAUGCCGGAGAUUUGCAUCGCCAGGUGAACGCGCACCUGCUGCAAAUGUCUGCUUUGUCCGGAAGCAAUGCAUUCUCCGGAUCAGUGACACAGUCAGCACUGGAAGAUGCCUUUUUGGAUAUGGCCGGUUCACGUCUGGACGCUUCCAACGUGCUCUUGGGUAGCCGAAUGUCUGCGCCCCUCUGCAGUCACAAACAGCUGCCUGAUGAACAGUUCCAGGCAAAAAGUGCUGACAAUGCGCCAAGAUGUAGCAACAAAAGUGAGCAAUAG